UCCCACAGAGCUUUCGUCAUCAGAAGGGGUCCUUCAGCCGCUGCGUGAGCACGUGCCCUGCAGAAGUCGCAGCAGAUCUCCGUUAACGGCGCCGCGAUGAUGGGCGGCAAACCGAGCGCGAUCGCCGCGGGCCUCUGCGGCGCGGUCUUCAUCGGGUACUGUAUCUAUUUCGACAGAAAACGACGCAGCGAUCCGACCUUCAAAACCAGGCUGCGUGAACGGCGGAAGAAGCAGAGAGCUGCUCAAAAUAAAUCUGGACUCGCUGAACUGCCAGAUCUUAAAGAUGCCACAGCUGUGCAGAAGUUUUUCCUGGAUGAGAUUCAGCUGGGCGAGGAGCUGCUGGCACAGGGAGACUAUGAGAAGGGUGUUGAUCACCUGACCAACGCCAUCGCCGUCUGCGGCCAACCACAGCAGCUCCUGCAGGUGCUUCAGCAGACUCUGCCUCCGCCCGUCUUCCAGAUGCUGCUCACCAAACUGCCAACGAUCAGUCAGCGGAUAGUAAGUUCUCCGAGUCUGGAGGAAGAUGACGUGGAGUGAAACGUGGCGUUUGUUAGUGUGUGACGAUCCACCUGCUGAUCUUCAGGUCUCUGGUCUUUUAUUUAUCAUGUUCAUUCCGGUGUUUGCUUGCACAGUCAUCCUGAUCACUGCACUCUCUGUUUGUUCAUAGUUUGCAGUAUCAUAGUUCAUAUAAAGAGGUGUUAUAUUUUUAUUCCAAACAAGAUUUCUUGUGACAAUCACAGGUCUUUGAAUACAAACGAAAGCAUCAAAUUAAGAGUUGAAUAUUUGACUGAUUGUAAAGGUCAUCUGUUGAUGUGUCGCAGACACAAACACAAAGCAGUUCCUUUGUGUCGUGUUUGGAUAUUUCACAUUUAGUAGUUAAUCAUAUAUUAGUAUGGCUGAUCUAUCUGCAAUGUAAUCAGAUGUUUUUGUUUAUGAAUUGUUUUGAGUAUGAAAGCGUUUUGGGCACAUUUGUAAUUUGUAUGCACUGAACUUUAAACAAUAACUUCCUUUUUUGUAUUCAUUAAAUACUUUAAUCAAGAA